UAGCCAUUGUUGAGCUACAAAAGCUGAAAGGGCACACCUUAUAGUUCAUGUUGAAACCAUGAUUAAAUAUUUUAUUUUUCUUCUCAUUCUACAAUCCUGUCAGAUAACUAAAUCAUAUUCUAAAUCAGUUAUCAGAAGACUUCCUGGAUAUCCUGAAGAUCUUCCUUUCAAAUUAGAAACCGGUUACAUUGGAGUAGGGGAGAAGGAAGACGUGCAAUUGUUCUACUAUUUUAUUGAAUCGACGAGAAAUCCAAAAGAUGAUUCUUUAAUAUUUUAUAUACCUGGUGGUCCGGGGGCUUCCGCCUUAGCUGCUGUCUUGCAUGGAAUGGGUCCACUUGACUUCAAUUUGGAUGAUCUCACAUUAACAUUGAAUCCAAACACAUGGACACAGAUGGCUAAUUUCUUAUCCGUGGAUAUACCUGCUGGUACCGGCUUUUCCUAUUUAGAAACCAAAGAAGGGUGGAUUAGCAGUGAUAAUAUUCUAGCCGUUCAAGCUGUGGACUUUAUUAAAAAGUUUGUGAGUGACCAUCCCAAGUUUUUGAGGAAUCCAAUAUACAUAGCAGGAACGUCUUACAUGGGCAUUAUCGUCCCCAAAAUCACUUUAGAAUUAUAUGAAGGUAACGAGCGUGGGGAUCAACCAACAUUAAACAUUCAAGGUUACAUGCUCACGAGCCCUUUCACCAAUAAGUUCAUGGAUUUCAAUUCAAGACUUGAAUAUGCUCACCGUGUGGCACUCGUAUCAGACAAUAUUUAUCAGUCGGCCGUAAACAAUUGCCAUGGUAAUUAUGUAUACAUUAGUUUCGCCAACUCGGCAUGUUUAAAAAGUCUACAAAGUUACGAAGAGUGCACACGCCGUAUUAAUUUGGAAAACAUUUUGGAACCAUUUUGCGAUGAUUGUGAAGUAAUAUCUUCUCUCUCCCACACAUACUUUCUUCAUUUGAAUUUAGGUAGAUGGCACAUGUACAUGGUUGUUGCUAAUAAGGCGUGUUUUGCAUUGCUUAUUAUAAGAAGUAAAUACUUCUUACUGGGUUUUUUAAAUUACUGAGAAUGUUUAUGUAUCCACGCUUCAUAUUAGAUAAUUUGUAGAUUAAAUAACAAGUUUUAAAUAAUCCAGUUGAAAUUUGGUUAUCAAAAG